AUGCUAGGAAACUUUCAUAAUUUGGCGCUUUCAAAAUCUGGGAAACUUUGGUCAUGGGGAUCAGGAUGUUUGGGUCGUGGAGAUGAAGUCUAUGACUCGCUCCCACAGCCAGUGGAAUUCUUCCAUGCAUUAGGACGCAACAUCAAACAGAUUUUUGCAGCAGGAGAUAUUAACCCAACGAAAACCGCACUGGUAAGGAACUAUUCUAUGGUUCUUGUGACUCCGAAAAAUGGCAACGAUGACGAGCUUUACAUCUGGGGCUACAUUCCCUUUGGUGAAGAGAACGAAGAAGGCGAGGUAGUGCCAAUCAUGAAGAAGAGCCUGCGUCCUCUGCUCAUCACUUCUGUUCUAGGUUACAACAUUUCCCAUGUAGCCUGCAGUCCAUGGCACUUUACAGUAGCAGCAGUACCUGUGCCUACAGCAGAAUCAACACCAAAAGAGACAAUAGAGACAACGAAGGCAGAUACACCCUCACCAUUGGAGCCAAAAAAGCAAAUCAAGGCUGAAAAACCACUACUCAUGACAUUUGGUCGUUACAGCGAAGCAUUACCCUUGGAAAAGCCUUACAAUCCAAUGUUCUUGGACCUGCCGCCUGAAGACGAGUUUUAUGAUAUCAAGCCAUGGAAAACCUUUCGAUCUAUGCCGCCAAACUCUGAACUAAACAUUAAAAAAAUAGUUGCAUCUAAAGGAUGUGAUAUUGUAUUGAUGGAAAACGGAAGCAUUGGUGUGAGCGACCAUGACGAUCACGUUGCACGUCUGAUCCACCGACCUUUGGAUGUUGACAUCAUUGACAUAGCAGGUGGCUCCUCAGAAGUCAUUGCCAUCUCGGCCAAAGGUCAAGUUUUGUCGUGGACUGAGCCGACUUCAAAACAAGGUAGCGGUGACACUGCUACUUCCACCUCCAAUAACAAUAGGAAGAAUGUCGCUGUGGACGACUCGCUACGCAUACAGCCAAACGCUAAGAAUAUGAACACAACCCUGAAUCCCUCUGCGCUGCAUCCGCUGCUAGGACUCUCUUUGAAGGACGAGAAAAAAGCCGAGACCGAGGUAUUGGCCUUUUUUGAUUCUCAGAAGCUUAAACAAGAGCAAAAAGAAAAGACGGUCCGUCUGGUGGAGGCCCUCUUUGAAUCUUCUCAUCUAAUAAUUGAGAAACAAGGGUUGUCCAAAUGUGUAGCACAAUAUGACCGAUUUAUGGUCUGUUGA